UGGAUUUUGAUCUAGUCAUUAUUAUUUUAAUUCAAUCAACCAACUUUGCGAUGGGAAUAUCAAUUAGAUAUAAAAUAGUGUUUGUCCUGCCGACAUUUGACAUUUGUUUUUAUAAAGGUCAGAAUUUUUAAUCUAUAUAGUAUGCUCAUUGAUCUUGAUUAAAUUUAGUCAUUAUUAUUUUAAUUCAAUUAACCAACUAUUUGCAAUGAACCUUCUCAAGUUUGUAUUUUCCAAGGAUGACAGAAGGAUCAGUUUUAUACAUUGUAUGAUAUUUGCCAUUAUAUUGAUGGUUGUGUUGCAUAUAUUAGGGAGACAUACCAACCCCAGACAGGACAAUUAUCAAAGUCGCUAUAUUGAUGAGGACUAUGAUGAGGGAAUAAAGAAACGGUUCCCAGGGAUGUUGAUAAUUGGUGUUCAAAAGUGUGGCACACAGGCACUGGCUAUGUUUUUACAAUUGCAUCCUAAGCUGAAGCGAGCAGGAAAUGGGGAAAUUCAUUUCUUUGAUAGACCAGAAAAAUUUAACAAAGGAUUGGAUUUCUAUAAAAGCCUCAUGCCUGAAACUGAUUAUACAGAAAUCGCAUUUGAAAAGACACCUGCUUAUUUUGAUAUGGCAGAUCCAAGGGAGAUUCACAAGAUGAACAAAAAUGUUAAAAUAGUUAUAAUUUUUUGUGAUCCUGUCAAGCGUUCUGUCUCUGCCUUUGAUCACAGGAGAGACCAUGGAGUAUUUCCAGAAAAUAGUUCUUUUAUAGAUCUUGCAUUGGAUGGUGACAAAGUGAACACUUCUUGUGAUAUCAUAUACAGAGGAAUCUACAUUGAAGCAUUACAAAAAUACCACAACUAUUUCAAUGAAGACCAGUUUCUCUACAUUGACCAGGAAUCAUUCAAAACUGACCCUGUGAAAAUUUUGAGGAAUGUAGAACAGUUUCUUAACAUAACACCAUUCUUCAAAAACAGUCAGUUCUAUUUUAAUGAAACUGUUGGACAAUUUUGUAUUGAACCAACAUAUAUCUAUACAUCCCCGAGAUUGGAUCAGCAGUCAGGUUGCAUGUUUAGUAACAAAUAUCGGAAACACCUUCCCUUGGAACCGCAUGUGGAGAAGAAAUUAAUUGACUUUUAUAACCCACUUAAUAAGAAAUUAUAUCAAUUCACUGGGAUAAAAUACUCAUGGAUGUAGCUUCUAGAUUAAGUAAAUCCUGUUCUGUCUUGGAAAUGGAAAAAGUAAUUUAAGAUGAUUGAAUAUAAUUAAUUAAAUGUUUCAUGAAUUACGGUUGAUUUGGACAUCAACUUUAUUUGCAUCGAGAGUAUAACCUGUGCGCAUUACUGAAACAACAACAUGACUUAGGACGCGAAUAUACAAAGAUUCUUUUGGGCAACAUAGUUAAUUUAAUUUUAUACAAAUAAAAAACACAUAGAUAUGCAUCAAGCCUAUAAUAUUAAGAUAAGAUUAAAACAAAUCAGUACAUUUAUCAAUUGAAAUACAAACAGUUCUAAAUGAUUGAUGUUUUUUUUAAAUGGCAUGCACUAUAAUUAUCAUAUCAAAAACUUUAAAAAUGAUAAAAUUCUCAUGCAUAAUUGUAAAAAGUAAAGUCUCGUUGAUAAUGAGAAAUCUUAGGUUGUUCAUGCAGAGAACACAUUAAUGAAUGAACUGGGAGGGACAAUUAUAUUUUUAUACAGUUAAGAAUAAAGUUUAUUACAGUGGUUCCAUUACAUGCAAACUGAAAUGUAUAUUAUUUUUAAAGAAAAACAAUCUCAGGUAACCAUUAUAGUUGUACUCCAAAUGUAAAGAAACACAAAGAGAAUGUAUUCAUGCAUUGCCAUGCUGUUGUUGUUUAUUUUGUCUAUUUUUGUUUAUUUUUGUUAUGUUUUUUAUCAUGGGUGGGUUAGGGACUUAGCAUCUGAUUAUUCUCACUCUGUCAAAUGGACCAAAUCAGUAUUAUUCAUAUCUGAGUUUAUAAAGUUCAAGAAAGGAAUGGAUAGAUAGAUAGAAACAGAAAGGGGGAGAGAAGGAGAGAGACAAAGGGAGAGUAAAAGAUGAAAUAGUGAAUAGAUGAUGUAUCAAGAAUAAUUCAUUAUCAGUCUAAUAUACAUACAGUCUAAUACGUAUACAGUCUAAUAUGUAUACCGUCUUAUAUGUAUACAGUCUUCUAUGCAUCAAUUAGUAAAAAAUCUGAUGAUUUGUUAGUGUUGUAAGUACAAAUUCAUUUACUUUAAGACUAAAACUACAUUCUAACAAUACAUUGAACUAUAGAACAUAUUCAAGUUGAUCCGCACAUCCUGUAGUGUACUUACCAUAGUCUCUUCUACAGUAUUUCUUCUUGUUCACUCG